AUGGUAAUAGCAAAUAGAGAAAUCUUCAUAAUUCAGAUCAUGUCUCCCUUCGUUUACUUUUUUUGGUUGUUACCACUUGUUGUGCUAGUACUAGGAAACGAUGAUGAUUGUAUGCAAACCAGUUGCAGAGACGAUGGCCCGAUAAUUCGGUUUCCUUUCAGACAUCAAACUCAGCAACCUCAGCACUGCGGCUAUCCGGGUUUCGAUCUAAACUGCGACCACAAAAACAAUACUGUUCUUGUUCUUCCCUUCUCCGUAAAUGUUGUUGUGAACAAAAUCAACUAUGUAACUCAAACAAUUCUGGUUUAUGACCAUGAAAUAUGUCUUCCAAAAAAGCUGCAUGAUCUAAACUUAUCUGCUUCCCCUUUCCAUGUGAAAUAUUACUUAUACGACUAUACCCUAUUCAAUUGUUCUGAUCCGCCAAGAAGAGACUUAGGUAACGCAAUUCCUUGCCUUGGCGAUUCCACGUACCAAAUCUAUGCAGUUAAUUCGCAAACGUCGCUUGAUUCACUUCCUUUGACUUCUUGUACCAAAACAUCUGAAUUUAAAUCUGUUCCGGGGGGAAUAUUUCAAAAAUCCAACUUCUCUUUGGAAUGGUCUGAACCAGCAUGUUCCAUAUGUGAAGAUGAAGGCAAGAGAUGCAGCUCGUUUAAUUCUACGACAUCGGAUCCUCAUAUUCGGUGUCUUGACCAACUCCCAACCACAAACCAUCAUGGAGCAGGAGCAAGAAAUAUUAAAUUGAUUGAAGGUUUUGGUUCCAUUAUUGCCGCGAUAAUACUAGCGGCUUUUGUCUAUCUUUACAUCAGAGUUAGAAUCUACCGAGAGAACCAAACGAUGAUUGGGAAGUUUUUGCGAGAUUACAAAGCCCUUAAGCCGAGUCGAUUUUCAUACUCCGAUAUAAAAAGGAUUACUCGUCAAUUUAACGAGAAAUUGGGUGAAGGGGGUUAUGGAAUUGUUUACAAAGGAAAGUUGAAUAACGAAAUAGACGUUGCAGUGAAAGUACUCAACAAUUCCAACGGCAAUGGAGAGGAGUUUGUGAAUGAAGUAAGUACGAUUGGGAGAAUACACCACGUCAACGUUGUCCGUCUUCUUGGAUUUUGUGCUGAUGGAUUUCGAAGAGCUCUUGUUUAUGAAUUCUUACCAAACGGUUCUUUAGAAAAGUCCAUUUUCCAAGCGGGUUCGAAUAGAAUUACUCUUGAUUGGGAAAAGCUAAAGGAUAUUGCGCUAGGCAUAGCAAAAGGCAUAGAAUAUCUACACGAGGGAUGUGAUCAACAAAUACUCCACUUCGACAUAAAGCCGCAAAACGUCUUGUUGGACCACAACCUCAACCCGAAGAUUUGCGAUUUUGGCCUUGCAAAGUUGUGCUCAAAGGAACAAAGUGCAGUGACAAUGACUGCGGCUAGAGGAACAAUGGGAUAUAUUGCACCUGAAGUUCUGUCCAGGACUUUCGGGAGGGUUUCGUAUAAGUCCGAUGUUUAUAGCUUCGGAAUGCUGUUACUCGAAAUGGUGGGAGGGAGGAAAAAUGAGGAUCGUAAUGUUAAUAAUACUAGUCAGGUAUAUUUCCCUCAAUGGAUAUACAAUCAUAUAAAUGCGGAGGAUAAUCCAAUGUGGGCACAAAUUGACGAAGAAGGAAAUAGUAUAGCAAGGAAACUUAGUAUAAUAGGGUUGUGGUGUAUACAGUGGUGUCCGACAGAUCGUCCGUCAAUGAAAGCUGUAGUUCAGAUGCUGGAAGGAGAAUGUGACGAUCUUACAAUGCCUCCGAAUCCAUUUCCAGCUACUACAAAUCCCAUUGAUGGAAAACAUUAUCAAACUCAGAUGUCAAUCAUAUUAGAAGAGUAGUUCUCUUUUUUAUUUUCCAUUGUAGAACUUUGUUGUGUUGUUUGUAAAAAAAAAAUAAAAAAACUCUAUUGUGUUG